UACCAAAAAAAAAAAAAAAUCAGCUACCCGGACGACCUACCUCAGUGUAUUACAUACUGUUUCGGUAUUCUUUUCCCGGAUAUUUGUUUUAAGAAAAAUAACAAUACUGACCUAGACUAUGCUAGCUCCAGCCCUCGAUCCUUGACCCUACCCCACCCAUCUUGUCACGCACGACCAAAACAGGUACACCAUUGAGGGCUCGCCCACGACUGGAAACAUUUUCUUUCUCUUUGAGUAUCUCUCCAUCCUCCCUAGUCCCUGUUUGUAUGUGUGUUUGGGAUUGGAGAAUAAAAUGUAUUUAACCCCGUACCAAGCUAUGACACAUCUCUACUUUUUGUCUCACGAUCACGGUUGCUCCAAAAACCUGUUAUGGAAACACUUGAGAUUAGUGUCGACUAUAGACGGUGGGGAUGAAUGCAAUGUGGAACACAAGUCAAUUUUCUGGCAGAUGGUGAUCACAUGGCUACGUGGUGCGUCUUAGUCUCGGGCUCAUUUUCACGUGACGGUUUCUGUCGCGCACAGAGUAACCACGAGUUCCUUCCUAGACACGUCCGUGGAGUAGCCUCAUACCUGUAACCACGAACUCCUAGACACGUUCGCUGUGAUAUAGUUGCUGGCAUGGUGUAAAUCACAAACAAACAUCCUCGACACCAAAACAAAUCUCGGAAAGCGGAAGUGGAGGGCGGAUCACAACCAAGAUGGCGUCCAGAACGUUCGUCUGCCUGACUGCAGCUUUGUUAUGCAUCAAAACAUCCACAAUGGGACUUCCAGAGGACGAAAUAAAGCCUUCGAUAGACACCAAAGCUGCCUCGAAACAUAGUAUUGAUAGUUUAACAAUUUUGAUGCUUCUUGGUUUGUUGCUUUUGACAAUUUUGACCGUUUGGUUCUUCAAGUACAGACGGUUCAGAUUCGUUCACGAGACUGGCUUGUCCAUGUUGUACGGUCUUAUUGUUGGGGUAAUAAUCCGCUACACCAGCAGUCCAAAUGCAACACAAGGUUAUGCCACUGCAGUUGUCACUGACAACACUACUUACUAUUCAGACAGUCCUCCUGAUAUUGUGUACAUAAACUUCUCAGUUCGGAACACCACAAAUCAGUUGCGCAUAAAAUAUGACUUAGCUGGCACCGUUAAUAUACCAGUCACAGAACCACCUCUGGAGAGAACGGUGACCUUUGACCCAGAAAUCUUCUUCAAUGUAAUGCUGCCAGUGAUUAUCUUUGAGGCUGGCUACAGCAUGAAGCGAAGACAUUUCUUCAGGAAUCUUGGAGCCAUUAUGACAUAUGCCUUGAUUGGAACAACAAUCUCUUGCUUGGUUGUAGGGGGGAUCCUCUACGGCAUGACAAGCUUGAUGUACGACAUCUCCUUCAACCUGACCGAGAGUAUUUAUUUUGGUGCUAUAAUCUCAGCCACUGAUCCAGUGACAGUUCUUGCCAUAUUCCAUGAUCUCCAUGUGGAUGUCGAUCUGUAUGCCCUUGUCUUUGGGGAAAGUGUUCUCAAUGAUGCUGUUGCCAUCGUUUUGUCCGAGUCAGUAUCAGUGUAUGGGGCACUGGCAGCCAACGACUCCUUCAAUGCUCAAUCUCUCUUCCAGUCAGUUGGAAGGUUUGUUGGCGUCUUUACUGGAUCCUUUGCGAUAGGUGGUCUGUUUGGUGUCUCCACAGCGUUUCUGACGAAGUUUACUAAGGUGAAGGAAUUUCCUCUGUUGGAGACAGCUCUCUUCUUUCUUAUGUCCUACUGCAGCUUCCAGGCAGCUGAGGCUGCAGCUAUGACUGGCAUUGUAGCUGUUCUGUUCUGUGGAAUCACACAAGCCCACUACACUUACAACAACCUUUCUGUGGAAUCAAAGAUCAGAACUAAGCAGCUGUUUGAACUGGGCAACUUCCUGGCAGAAAACUUUGUUUUCUUGUACAUUGGUGUGUCAGUAUUCACCCUCCAGCCACUGAGGUGGCACGCAGGCUUCAUUUUAUCCUCAUUUCUUGCUGUGAUCAUUGGGCGGAUGAUGAAUGUCUACCCUCUCACAUUCCUUCUGAACCUGGGGAGAAGCAACAAGAUCCGACCCAAUUUUCAGCACAUGAUGAUGUUUGCUGGCUUGCGAGGGGCAGUUGCUUUUGCGUUGGCGAUCCGCAACAUACAGACAGUCGCCAACCAGCAUAUGGCAGCAGCCACCAUGAUGAUUGUGUUGGCCACUGUUAUUCUUUGCGGAGGCUUCACAACCCCAAUGUUGCAGUGGCUGCAGAUCAGAGUUGGUGUGGAGGAUGAUGCAACUGUUCACCUGAACCAACUGUCGACUUCGCACAAUGCUGCACAUCGCCAGUAUAACUCCAUGGAAGUCUCCGGCUCUGGCAGGCCUACAGCCCAUUCCUUCUCGUUUGGAGAGGAUGGCUGCAGCUCACCAGUGUCUCCUUUGCUUUGUAUUACAGGGAAGCAACAGAUGACUGCUAGUGGGAUACAGAUGUCUGGUAGUCGCUCUGAAAAGGCUUGGCUUGUGGGAAAAUGGUAUAAUUUUGACAUGAGAUUCAUGAAACCACUCUUGACUCAUGCCCGGCCAUCUCUCAUGGACACCAUGCCCAAGUGCUGUUUGCCUCUAGCCAGACUGUUAACUACUGAAGAACAGCUUUCACAGGGUAUAUGCAAUGAAAAUGACUCUGAUGUAGACAUGAUCAUUGACCCUAAUCACCUGUCACUUGAUGGAGUCUCUGACAACAGAGUACCUGCAGACCAGAUGACAGUGGUAGAUGAUACAGUCAGAAAAGAGGCAAUGCAGCUUGAGAAUGAAAGCCCAUUCUUAAAAUUUUGAUUGGUUGUACAUGAUGAAAGCCAAAGAGGUGAUCUUGGCUUGGGGCAAACCAAUGAACCACUGGUAUGGCGGAUUGGCAUAUACGGACCACCUGGUGACAAAGUUUGAAGCAAAUGAAAACAAAUGCUGGCAUUUGGACAGAACAAGAACUGCUGUUGAGGCUAUAGGUAGAGCAUGACACACCUGUACUGGAAGGUGAAUAAAGAGUGGUGCAAUGGUACUGGAUGUUAAGUAAUAUUGCAUUAAGUAAUCGUCUUGAAAUUUGUGGGCAGUUGAUGUUCAAAUUCUUUGUGGGAAAAAUGUAGUGUUAAAAAACCUUUAGCAAAGGGAAGUGUCUUACAGGAGGACUUCAAGAGCAUAAAGAGCUGCCUCAGACUCCGGUUUUUGACCCCACCACGAACCUUUUCACCUGAUAAAUAUUAGAACUAGAAGAAAAAUUUAAUCAGUUGUCAGUGAUAUCAGUUUUGUAAUUCCUUAUUUACUGAUGCAGACCUCAGAUUUGUCUGAGUAAUCUGCUUGAAAUUUCAUGUUCAGGAAAUGUGUCUUUUUAAGUUUUUUUUUUAAGCAGGUGAAAAAAGUUUGAAGCCUGUGUCAGAGUAUCUAAUAAAGGAAAGCUGUUUGCAGUGAUAAUGACUUGGACCAUGUUUCAAGUUUUUACUUGAGACAAAAGAAUUCCAGUGAGUGAAUUCUUGUCAGCUAAAUGUACUGUUUGUAAAUAAUUUCAAACUAGUGAAUACACAGUAGCUCAGCAAGUAGUCACUUAGCACCAGUUACAUCUAUCAGCAUAAAUCUUGUUUGUACAGACUGGGAAUCGCCAUCCACAGGUGAUUGUGUGAACGUCACUUGCGAUUACCAGAUGAUUGCCCCAGUUUGAAUUAUUCAGGUACAUCAGUCAGUGCAGGUAUUCAACAGCCUAACUGUUGACACCAUGGAGCAUUCUGCGUGCAAAAAAGAUCUUGUAAGGAAUUUAGUUUAUAAACUGUCAACUUCAGCAUCAGAGUUUGCUUGCUGUAACUUUGCCAUCAUGUAAGUUGCCUGACAAUAGGUGUUUUCUUCAUACCCCUUUGCCAGAUUUUGGAAUAAAUUUGGAGCUUUGGUCAAAAACAAUUGAGCCUACUUAGGAAAGGCAUACACCAACUUGCCACAUUUGAAAAAAAUUCAAAUUUACAAGUGUUACAGCUGCCUAAUGUGAUUUUGAUACAAAUUAUGGAGAAUAUAAGACUGAUGUGCUGUGCUGAUGUAUGAGUAGUGGUGUCAUAAGUGACAUCAGCAGGAUUUUGGUCCAAAAAUUAGAAUGUCUGUGUGUGUGUGUGUGUGUUGGAGCAGUGAGGGGAAAUGCAGGAUGUGAGAGAGCAAAAGAUUCAGCUAUAGUUGAUUUGGAACAAAUCAGCAUUUUUUUCCCCCUGGGUUAUGGUGCUUUCCAUGUCUUAUUGCCUGUGGAUAAUUGCUGUACAGAUUAUUGUCCUUUGGGCUUUGCUAUGCACUUAUAUAUACCUUAGUUCAAUCUGUGUGUUUUCAAUAUGUUUUAUAUUCAGAAUCUCAAAACAAGGGGCAAAAUUGAAGUAUUUUGAGAUGGUCAUGCAUUUGUAAGAACAUUACUAUAUCAGUGAUUUUUUUUAUGAGUAGUUGGCAAACAGUUCAUUGUCUGCCAUCUAGCAUCUGAACGAGUAAUGCAUAAUUUUUGAAAGCACAGCUGCAUAUCCAUUUUGUAGUCAUUAUUCUGUUGGUGUGGCCUACUUCAGUAAGUUAAUAAUAUUGUGUGCAAAGAAUAAAUGUGUUUGUAACUGACAGUGGGACUGUACAUAUUGUACAUAUUUUUGUCAAGGAGAUGCUUCUCCACAAGUGAAAGCAUUUACCAGCAACCUAAGAAGGCAACAGAGGUGGCUGUUGUGCUUAGCUUCUUGCAAUAUUGUGUGUGCUUACAGGGAUCGCACUUCUGCUGUGAUAAAACAACUACCCACACUGUCGUCACAGUUCACGUACAUUACAAUCACUUUGAAACUGCAGAUGGUUUAGAUUUAACAAUAGUUUUAAAAAUAAAUUGCCUUUAUGUUUUUAUACAUUUAAAUUAGAAUUUUAAUUUUUUUCACUUUUUGCUGAUCUUAUUUCAUCUGCAUUUUAUUUUAUCAGAAAAUGAAAAGAAAU